AUGGGGCAGCGGAUUCCUAGCAGAGAAGUGUGGUUUGCCAAUUGUCUCCGUAGUGGCACAGGGUUGGUUAAAAACAUUGAAUGGAGAAAAUUGGGUGAGAUCCCGGACCAGCCAAAGUUCAGACAUGGCGUUGCGGUUUUGGAAGGAGGACUCUACGUGAUUGGUGGUUGCUACUUCUACACUAAAGAUGACAUCAUGAAAUCAGCGUACAGAUACGACCCUGGGCUAAACAGCUGGAGGAGACUUUCUGACAUGAACGAGUUUAGAAGUAAUUUUUCUCUAAUUGCAAAUGAAGGACGACUGUUUGCAAUCGGGGGAGAUAAAAGGAUCAACAUAAAUGUGGACUCGGUGGAGAUGUACAACCCGGACUCUGACGCCUGGAGCUUUGUCCAUCCACUGGACCAGGCUCUGAGCGGACAAGCUGCCACCGUCUGCAACGGCUCGAUCUUCAUUUCUGGAGGCUUCAACUGCAAAUACGAAUGCCUUGUGUCUCUGUUCCUUUACCAUCCAGAACUGGGCUCCACGUAUCUCUCCGAAAUGACCUGUGACCGCGCCCAACACUCUAUGGAGACCCUCCGCGGCCUUCUGUACGUCACCGGUGGAGUUUGUAACCUACGCAAGUUCUACACCGAUCAACUAGUUUGCGAGAUUUACAACCCGAGCACAGAUUCCUGGAGCACGCUCGCGAAUUUGCCUGUUCCACAUGUCGGGGGGGCUUCUGUGAAAAAACUGGACCUGGUUCUCAAACUGGAGGAGCGCAUGAACAAUGUGGACAGAUGCUGCACAGAUGUGGGAAAUCUGGAGGUCAAGCUCAACGCGACUUUGGCCGAGCUGACGAGACAGAGAGAGGACAUCGAAAAACUCAAAGAAGAGAAUGAAGAACUGAAGAAGAGCACUGGGAAAGCCUCUCCGCAGGUGGCCUUCUCUGUGUCUUUGGCUGAUUCAGAAGAAGUCUACAAAGGCCCAUGCACUGACAAAACCCUGGUGUUCAAAAGAGUUUUCUCCAACAUCGGAAAUGGCUACGACCCAAACACUGGAAACUUCACUUCGCCUGUGGCUGGAUCCUACUUCUUCACCUUCAACACGUUUGGCUACAACAGUCACACUGCAGGGGCCAUUCUCAUGAAGAACACAGACCUACAGAUCUCCACAUAUGAGGCGGUGACGGCAGACGGUUCAGACAGCAGCAGUAACUCUGUGCUUUUGACUCUGGCUCCUGGAGACACACUACAGCUUCAGCUCUGGGAUAACGGACAGGUUUUCGACAACUCAAACGGACACACCAUGUUCACGGGAUUCCUCCUCUUCCCUACAAGUACAUAG